AUCACCGCCAAACUGUUCUCUUCAACCUUUAGACGAACAAUUCUUCGCUCAAGCGCCACUGGUCUGUCCUUUGCCGCAGCCACCACAUCACUCAAGAAGAACUCUACGAAUCCUACCGAACUAAAGUCGAGUGCCCGCAAAAUGCAUAGCAAGGUUGUCAUCAUUGGCUCUGGGCCUGCUGCCCACACCGCCGCCGUCUACCUGGCGCGCGCUGAGCUGAAGCCCGUCCUGUACGAGGGCUUCAUGGCCAACGGCAUCGCCGCCGGCGGUCAGCUCACCACCACCACCGACGUCGAGAACUUCCCCGGCUUCCCCAAGGGCAUCAUGGGCGGCGAGCUCAUGGAGAACAUGAAGGCCCAGUCCGAGCGCUUCGGCACCCAAAUCGUCACCGACACCGUCGCCAAGCUCGACCUGUCCUCCCGCCCCUUCAAGUACUCGACCGAGUUCGAACCCGAAGAGACCCACACCGCCGACGCCGUCAUCCUCGCCACGGGUGCCUCCGCCAAGCGCCUCAACCUCCCCGGCGAGGAGAAGUACUGGCAAAACGGCGUCUCCGCCUGCGCCGUCUGCGACGGAGCCGUCCCCAUCUUCCGCAACAAGCACCUCGUCGUCAUCGGCGGCGGUGACUCGGCCGCCGAGGAGGCCCUCUACCUCACAAAGUACGGCUCCCACGUCACCGUCCUCGUCCGCCGCGACAUCCUCCGCGCCUCAAAGGUCAUGGCCAACCGCCUGCUGGCCAACCCCAAGGUGACGGUGCGGUGGAACUCGGCCGGCAAGGAGAUCCAGGGCGGCGAAGACGGCCUGAUGAGCCACCUCGUCGUCAAGGACACCGUCACGGGCGCCGAGGAGACACUCGAGGCCAACGGUCUCUUCUACGCCAUUGGCCACGAACCUGCGACGACGCUCGUCAAGGGACAGCUCGAGACCGACGACGAGGGCUACGUCGUCACCAAGCCCGGCACGCCGCUGACCAACAUUGAGGGUGUCUUCGCCGCCGGUGACGUCCAGGACAAGAGAUACAGACAGGCCAUUACCAGUGCCGGAACCGGCUGCAUGGCUGCCAUGGACGCCGAGAAGUUCAUUGCCGAGCUCGAGGACGGCAACCCCAAGGAGAACUGACUAGAUCAUCACCUCUAAAACUAAACGAGUCGUGAAUGGCUAUUGCGAGCCGCAUAAUGAUAUAGAAGAGCCUCUAGACUAGAUAUGCGGCAAAAAGCAAGAAAAAUAGACUUUUGAAUUCAAGCGUACCAAAACCAAAGACCAAAACAAGAGGGGUGGUAUUUUCCCAUCGCCUCGGAGUCAGAUCCGAGUCGACCGAAGCAGAUCUCGGAGAUAUAUGCCCCUGACCGCGUCCGUCGGUCCCCUACUUAUGGCCGGGCUUUCCCGGGUCUGCAGGUCCUGCGGUCGCGACUGCUCUUAUGCCCUUCCUUGAUAUUUGUUAGACCA